GCGUCCGUGAUCGCGCGAGCAGCCUACGCAGAGACGCAGCCAGCCCAGCCCACUCUCCACGCCGUGCACACUGACGCUUGAGAGCGCGAGAGACCGAGGCAGCUUCGAACCGGAUGGGCUCCAGCGACCCGGCGGCCGACCCCCUGGGCCUCCUCUUCCGCACCCCCGGCGCGCUCUCCCGCCGCGUCGCCAUGGCGCGCGACGCUGCCGCCGCCAUGCCCGCGCUCCGCCCCUGGCUCGUCGACCUCCUCCCGCUCCUCGUCGUCCUCCUCAUCGCCGCCCACGUCCUCGCCCUCGGGUACUGGAUCUAUAGGCUCGCCACGGACGGGUCCAGGCAACCCGCGCGGAGCAAGAAGCACUAGGAAAUGGCCGCCGCCGCCGCCUGGCCGGAUGCUUGCAGCCAGUGUUUGCCAUUUAGGUCGUGCAUCCUCUGCCUGUUGACCUCCAAGGUUUCCAUCGUCGGGUGAUGACAUGGCAAAACUCCUGAAAGAGUUGAAGACACGGAACCAAUCUCUUUCGGUGGUUUGUUCAGAUGUUGGUUUCAAGAGUGACUCAGCUGAUAUGUGAAAGGAGGACCUUUAUGAGCAUAAAUAGUUUUUAGUUGUUGAAUAGGUUUGUCAUUUGUUGACGUCUCCAUGUAAAGACCGAUACCUAGAAAAAGUGUGACACUUCAUCUGAUGCGGGCUUGUAUAAUCUUUUAAGCGACCUUUUCUUUGCUGGAUUCAGGCACGGUGAAGUUUCAAGUCCUACUACUGUCUCGUCUGAAGAUAACAUGGGUGAUCAGGUUAUAGAUCUCCACGGUUAUUCC